UUUGUCACAACCCCCUCCUCCCCAUCUCAAAUUCCAAAACCCAAUUUCCGAAAAACCCUCUCCCCUAUUUCCACUUACCAAAAAUAAUAUCUGAUAAUUUCUAAAAUCUCUUCACUUCAAAAUUCUCUCCAUAAGUAAGCCUAUCAAUGUCUACCACAACCAUUAACGACCUCCCCGACGUACUCCUCUACGCCAUAAUCUCCACCAUCUCCGACGUCCGCAGCCGCAACUCCACCUCCCUCGUCUCCCGGAAAUUCCGUAUCCUCGAACGCAUCACGCGCUCUUCCCUCACGCUCCGUGGCAACAUCGGUCAUCUCUUCAUGUUGCCCAAUUGCUUCCAAUCAAUCACCCACGUCGACCUCUCUUUUCUGUCACCAUGGGGAGGACCAUAUACAGGAGGUGCAGACACAUCACAAAUCGCGCAGCUUCUGAACCACUCAUUUCCUUCUGUUACUUCACUAGUUGUUUACGGGAGGGAUGUUCUGCCGCGCGUGUGGCCGGGCGUAAAGGAAAUUAAGCUAGUUAGGUGGCACCAGCGUCCCCAGUUAUCACCCGGGGAAGAGCUUGAUAUCCUAUUUCAAAAUUAUCCGCGGCUAGUUUCGAUUGAUUUGUCGACUUUUUACUGCUGGACGGAAGAUAUUCCUGCAGCACUUGAAUGUUAUCCGACUACUGCGGCUAGUCUAACGAGCUUUAAUCUGUUGAAUUCGUGUUUACCUGAAGGGUUUAAGUCGGAGGAGGUUAUGGCGAUUGCGCGAGCUUGUCCUAAUUUGAAGGAGUUUCGUGUUGCUUGUAUGUUUGAUUGUAGGUACAUUGGGUUUGUUGGUGAUGAAUGUUUGGUUUGUAUAGCUAACAAUUGUCCGAAAUUGUCAGUGCUACAUUUGGCGGAUACUUCAGCUUUGUUGAAUUCUAGAAGUGAUCCAAAUGAUGAGGGGUUUACUCAAGAGGACGCGAAAUUUAGUGUUUCGACUUUGAUUGAGGUAUUUUCUGGUCUUCCAUUGCUUGAAGAGCUUGUUUUAGAUGUUUGUAAUAGUGUUAGAGAUACCGGUCCUGCAUUGGAAGUUUUGAGUAAAAAAUGUCCUAAAUUGAGAUCGUUGAAGUUGGGGCAAUUUUGUGGCGUUUCUAUGCCAAUUGAAUGGAAAUUGGAUGGGGUGGCUCUUUGUCAAGGGCUUCAAUCUUUGUCGCUAAGGAAUGUGGGGGAUUUGGAUGAUAUGGGGUUGAUAGCUAUCGGUAGAGGGUGUUGGAGGUUAGCUAAGUUUGAGAUUCAAGGUUGUAACAAGAUUACUAUGAGCGGCAUGAGGACGCUGGUUUCUUUGCUUAAGAAAACGUUGGUUGAUGUCAAGAUAUCUAGCUGCAAGAAUCUUGGAGCCUCUUCUUCAUUGAAAGCAUUGGAACCAAUACAAGAACGGAUCCAAAAGCUACACAUUGAUUGCGUGUGGGAUAGUGUUGAAGAAUUUGAAGAUCUUGAUGGUUAUAGAUACAGGUUUGAUCUUAACGUGAGUGAUGUAGGUGAAGGAUCAAGCAGCUCUGCUGGUUCUGGGGAUACAUUCGGAUGCGAGGAAGAUGUGUUCAUGAUUAAACAACAGAAGAGAUGCAAGUUCUCCUAUGAUCUUAAUAGUUUGUAUGAGGAAGUCAAUGGCCAUGCUAAUGGAUAUAGUGGACGAUCAUGGGAUCGGCUGCAAUCCCUCUCUCUUUGGAUUGGCGUUGGUGAGCUUUUGACUCCUUUAACAGCUGCGGGUCUUGAAGACUGUCCUAACUUAGAGGAGAUCAAAAUUAGGGUUGAAGGAGAUUGCAGGCUUUGGUCAAAGCCUUCGGAGCGAGAAUUUGGACUGAGCACUCUUCUACACUAUCCUAUGCUAUCCAAGAUGCAUUUGGAUUGUGGAGAUACCAUAGGUUAUGCACACACCGCGCCAUCAGGACAGAUGGAUUUGAGCUUGUGGGAAAGGUUUUAUUUGUUUGGGAUAGGAAAUUUGAGCCUUACCGAACUUGAUUACUGGCCACCACAAGAUAGGGACGUUAACCAAAGGUGUCUAUCCCUACCAGCAGCUGGGCUUCUACAAGAAUGCGUUACUCUCAGAAAACUCUUCAUCCAUGGAACAGCACAUGAACAUUUCAUGAUGUUCCUUCUUAGGAUCCCAAACUUACGAGAUGUACAACUGAGAGAGGAUUACUAUCCAGCACCAGAGAAUGACACGAGUACAGAGAUGAGGGCUGACUCCUUGAGCCGCUUUGAAGCUGCCCUAAACAGGCGCCCAAUAUCUGAUUGAUGCAAGGAACUAAAUUCUCAACCCAAUUUUUCCAUGUCAUUUCGUCAGAUUAUGUAUUAGAUUAUGGGAUCCAGAUCUCUUUAUAUGCAUAUAUGGGUUUUGUGCAUUGA